AUGGGCAUUGUCUAUGCGGAAUGUUCCUUUAUCCUCCUACUGUCUCAUAAGGCACUGGGGCCUGGCCCAUCUCCAUGCCUCUUCUCCUCACAGAGCAGUCGGAGAGCAGAAAAUCCUUAUAAGCCGGUGCACCUGGGGCUUCCCCUUCUUACUCUCUGCUCCCCAGCCAUGGCCCGCAUCAUCGACCUGGUGCCCUGGGAUGACGGCUCCACCCACGUGUACGCGUGCCCAGCCAUGCUGCUCCCGAUGGAACGGCCACGCAACCAGUUGGCCAGCGUGAAGCAGCAGCUCUACCACCCAGCCCUGCCCAGCCUGCGUCGCAUGGACAUGGAUUCUGUCAGGGCCUGCUUGUCGGACGAGCACUGCCAGUCCACAACCUACUGCUGCAAAGAUGACUUUGACAACGCUUACUUCACACUCCUCGGCAUUCCCAACAAACCCCUGCAGUGCUUAGAUGUCACCGCGACGGGCCGGAGGCUCCACGACAGGUGCCGCCAGGGAAAGCUGGCGUCCAUCGCGCCAGGCAUCAGCCGGGUCGACUGGCCCUGCUUCACGCGCGCCAUCGAAGACUGGUCCCAUUUCGUGUCCUCGGCCGGCGAGUUCAAGCUGCCCUGCCCGAGCAAGAGAGUUGAGAGUUUCAGCGGCUACGCGGUGCGACACUUGAAGCCCGAGGUGACCCAGAACUGGCGGUACUGUCUUAACCAGAACCCCAGCCUGAACCGGUAUGGACAGCAGCCACUGCCUUUCGAUUCCCUGAACACUUUCCGACACUUCGGCUCGCACUACAGUCGCGUCCACUACCUGACCCCCUGGUAUUAAUCUGUGAAAAGGAGGCUGCCAGCCCAUGCCACCUCAGGUUCCACAUCAGGACAGGGUGUGGACAAUGGCAC